GAAAGAAUGCAGCCCACAGAAACAGACCGUCUCUAAGGGAGAACAAAGACCAAGAAGACAUCUUCAGGUAGAAGAAGCAGUACUGAUGCAGCCAAUGUAGUGACAACUCCAUCAUUAAGGUACAUGCAAUUAAAGCAUACUAUUUUAAGUAUGUCCAUUCAUGACAUUCCCUAAUCAUAAUGUUUGUGGUGAAAUAAUAAGAAUAAAUAUGAUGGUUCCUAAAUUUGUAUUUUAUCUGUUUAAUUAUGUCCCUUCAUGACAUUCCCUAAUCAUAAAAUGUUUGUGUUGAAAUAAAUAUGAAUAAGUAUGAUGGUUCCUAAAUUUGUAUUUUUACUUCAUAUGUCUACUUCACGAGUCUCAAAAGUGAAAUUUGUUGGAAGAAGUUUAAAACACCAGUGGAUUAUUGAUGCAGCAACAGAUCAACGUGAAUGGUAUAAGGGUACAAUGUUGAGUGCUAUUGCUGGUGUUGACGGCGAGGACAAUACAGUUUAUGAAGUUCUAUAUCAAGGAGAGCAAGAACCGGUUGAAGUUGACCAUUUGCUUGAGGAUUUCAGAUCUUCAUCCUUGAUAUUUAUUGACGUUUAAAAAUAUUUGCAUUUUGCUGACUUCUUGGGAUUUCUUGUCAAAUCAGCUGCUUAUAAGUCAUGGUGGCAUGGAAUUCGACAGAGGCGGAAUUCGACGAAGAAAGGGGAGAAAUCGUGUUGAUAAGUCGACAUCGACUACAAGAUGACGCACUGAAAUUGAGCGCAGGAGCAAAAUUAGCCAAAUGUGUCGGGGCCGUUUCGAUCUUAUUUGUGAAGUCAGAUUUUAAUUCAGAUGCCACCAAGACAGGGGAGAAAAGUAAUGAUCACGAGAAGGUCACAGUAUCAUUACCUGCAUCCCUGAGUGUUGUUCCAGUUCCUUGUCCGAGCUUCAUCACCCCUCCAGAACUUUGUGAACGGACACUAGGGUUUCCUGUCGCACCAAGUAAACCAGUUAAAGUUGUACCCAGGAAGCCAUCUUUCCAGCCCAGUUUAAAUCAAAAUACAGGGGCUGGGUGGGUCCAGCAGGAGGGCGAGGAUGAUUUAGAGGAAGAUGCUGAGAUAGAGGAACUGUGGACCAGUGAGGAUGUAUCUCCUACACCAACUAUUCCAGGGAGGAAUGACAGCAGCCAAAAGAAACCGUCUCAGGUGCACCAACCCAAGAAAGCUCAAAAGAAACCUUCGUCAUUUCCUCCUGUGGAAAUGCCGGGUCUUGCUAGUGGGUUGAUACAGAAGCUGGACUCAAUUAAUUUACCACAACCAAAUGUAGGUACAGACAAAGGAAUUGAAGUACGAGGAACCUUUAAAGGAAAAAAUACUUUGUUAAAUAAAAAAAGUACGGGUCCAAACAAAUGUAAAUACUGUCGUAAAGUAAUAAAUUCGUGGGAGUCAAUUGUAGAACACGCACUGGAGGACCACGGGAUGAUCUCGGAAGACUCCGAUGAAGUGGCCUGCCCAAUCUGCAAGGGCCUUUUUAGCAAGAGAGACAUGUCUGCCUUCAUACAGCAUGUCCAGCUGCAUGAUAAGAACUGGCAGAACAUGUGCAAAGACAACCCUGCUAUGUUCUUAGAGAAUUCAGAUGAACUGAGUUUUACACCCGAUCAGGACUCCGACUUGGAGGACAAUGAUGAAGAGAUGUAUCUAGAUGACUUUGAUGAUAGCCAGUCAGAUCCUGACCAGCAGGGAUCCAUCAAAAGGAAGAAAGGUGGAAACCGGUCAUUUCCACGUCUUAAUGCACGACUAACGUCCGAGGUCUUGAAAUGUACAGAAUGUGGUGAUCAGGUCAGUAGCUACAGUGACAUUCUUCACCAUUGUAAACUACAUGAAAUGUUUAAACAGUGUCCAGUCUGUAGCAAACAAUUCACACUAAGGGGAGGCCUGCUACGUCACUUCAUCACACAUGUGGACAACAGAGUGUUCACAUGUCCAUCAUGUGACGCAUACUUUACACGUAAAGAUAAUUUGAAGCGACACAUAGAGAAGAAGUGUAGUGGUAUACCGGGCAGUGGUCUCCUGGCCAGCAUUGGGGUCAUGGAAAGACCUCCACAACAGUCUCCAAGCACCAGCCAAGGUAAAAGGUUCAAACCUAACCCAAAGGAAAAACUGGUUCUGAAAUUUGGUAAGAACUGGGCACACAAACAAAUGGAUGCCAUAGGACAAGAGAUGUAUGAGUCGCCCUCAGACUUCGGAACACCCGACUCCAGUAACGACAACAUGUCCGAACAAGAUUUCAGGGAUAUAGACACUGAGAUAAAGACAGAACCACAGACUGACAAUGACAAAAAUCAGCAAGAAUAUAGUGGUGGCAGGGAGGAAAACACUGGACAUGAACAGUCGGACACUGACCAAAACCCUGGUCAUUUUCCUCCUGCACCUGGUCCGAGUGAUGAAAGUAAUCCAAGACCAGCUCUCAGCUACAAGUGUGCUACCUGUGAUGUUCAGUUCAAUAGCAUCCAGGAACUAAAAAGGCAUGUUGUCGUGGAGCACUCCGAGGAAAUGCCAUCUACCAGUAACACACAAACACACCAACAUUAUGAGGAGACAGAAGAACAGGACAUCAAACCAAUCCUGACAUUCCCAGAUAGCAACCACUAUACUUCUGACCUUAACUACACAUUCCUUCAAGGUCGCCAAGCACACUCCAGCGUUACUCAUAAAAGUAUACAGGAGGAACUGCAGGCUAUGGAUGUGAUUGACAUUGAGUCCCUAGGUAAGUUCACAGACAUGGAUGAGGAUAGCUCUCAAAGUCAAAACCAAAGAGGACAAAAUCUGACAGGAUUUCCUAAUAAUCUAAUGGGAGAUGACAGUGGCCAGCCUUCAGGAUCUUCAGAAGGAUUUGGAGGCGAAGGAGGGUUGGAGGACCUUGGGGAAAAUUCCUCUGACUCUAACAUACUAGGAGUUGAUAGUCCAGAUCAGUCAACUAGCAUGGACUCCUACUCUGAGAGGACUCCAGAUUUUCUCCGGAGCAUGGGAGUUCCAAAAGGUCGAAAAGGUGCCGUGAAUAAGACUGCCCCAAUUUGUCAUUUCUGUGGCUUAGUGUUUGAACGCCCAGUAGAUAUUCUCCAUCACGGAGAAGUUCAUGAGCUCGAACUUCCCAAUCAAUGUACAUGUACUGUCUGUCUAAAAGAACUGAGUGGAAAAGACAGUCUCUUACGCCAUGCCAACUCUCAUAUAGGCAGAUGGUACCCAUGUGACGUGUGCUCCGCAAGUUUCAGUCGUAAGGACAACCUCAAGCGACACCGGCGAAAGCAUGAUGAACCAGGGGGCAUGGAGAUGUUAAUGAACCUGAUGCCAUCCGGGCUGGAGCUUGUGAGUGAACAGGACAAUAUUCCACUUUAGGAUUCACAGUAACAUAGUUAGAAAAACACAAACAAUUAAAUUGUCAAGUACAAUGUAUUUCAGUAUUGCUGACAUAGCCCUUUUUACAAAAUGAAUUUAAGUGAAUGAUAUUUGAUUCUCAAGAUAACCUGAACAUGUGUAGGUGCAUCUUUAUUAUAAUCAUUUAGAAAGAAUUGUCUCCCUUGAUCUACAUACUUAAUCCUAAACAAAUACAUUCAUAUUUGUGUGUUCAGUUUCGCUUCAGGUUUCAUCUGACCUUCUUAGACACUAAAGGUCAGUAAAGCAGUAAAUCAGAUUUUUGAUUAUUCUCCAUCAGGAACCUUGAAUUUAAUACUAGUUGUCUAAAUAUGUAUUAUAGACUUAUGGUACACAUCUUUAUGUCAAGUAGCCAAGUUUGCUAUAAAUUCUAAACAUACAAACCAAUUACUGUCUGUAAAGGACCAAUUAAGAUCAUCUGUUAUGUGGCUUUCUUUACUCAACACAACACCUGAGGCAUUUAUACAGCAUAUGUAGCCAUGAAAUAGAUGAUGGUAAUCAGAUUGCUAAAGGUUAGUAUUUUUUUCUCGAAUAAAUACCAAUGUCUAAUCAUAAUUAAUUAAAUAACUAUCACAAUCGUACUUUUGAUAUAAAUAGUGUAAUGCUAAACUUAUUACAUUUUGAAGUCAUUUCAACUUGUUCAAAUUUGAAAAUGUAUUAAUCAUUAAGAUAAUUUUAAACUGUUUUCUUCAGAAAUCUGUUUUGGUGUUUGAAUUAUCUAUUAUCAAUCACUGUUUUUGGCCGAUUUCUUUUUACAAAAAAAGCUCCUAUAAAUGUGUUACCUUGAUCAUAAGACAGUUAGAGCUAUUGACUAUUACAUUUACCACAGGGGUUUUGGUUUUGAAUGAAAGUUUAAACUCUAUGAAAUUACUAUUUACAAAAAAAAAUAAUUUGACACGCAAAAAUUAAGCUCAUACAUUUUACAUCUACAUGCACAUGUGUUUUUAUGCAAAUUGCAAUAUUGUAUUUAUUUGCAAAUCAUCUAGAUUUCAUUCCAUAUUGUGAUUUUGAGACACUUAGGCUAUUUCAUAACAUAUAAAAUUAUCACAGUCUUCAUGGUAAAGGUAGCUUAAAGUUUCAGAAAGAUACUGAAAUAUUGGAAGACCCAUUUUAAACAGUGAAUGACUCUGAAAAUGGGUUGUGAGUGUAUUAAUUUGCAUUAUAGGGUACAUACAGUGACUGUCAAGCUACCUCAUGGUGUUUGGAAAUGUCAGAAAUCAAACUGCAAAUGUCAUAUAACAUAUGUAGCUUUAAAUCUUGUCUGUUAAUCUUCGUGAUAUAUAUAUUGUAUAUGGGAUCUGCUGUGGUUAUUUCUGAUGUGUACGUAGAUGAACAAUGAGUGGAAAAUACUAAUAUCUCCACAUGGUUUACAAGUGGACUGCAUAACAUGUAUAACAUGAAUAGUUAUUAUUUGCUUCAUUAUAUAAUUAGGUGAAUCAGAAUACAAGUACAUUUGUAAUGACACGUUUUCAGAAAUUUUGAUUAUAAUGACAACCACAUUCUUUGCAGUUAUAUAUUUUCCCCACUGGUUUAGAAUGCACACUGUACUACAUGUGCAUUUAGUUCAGCUUUCGCAAUUUGAAACAGAAAUGUUUGAACUGGGUUUCUUCCUUUUUAGACCACGUGUAAUAGAAAUACCAUAAUUGAUUCCUCCAAAUAUUAAAAAAUCAAUAAGUAUUAAAACUAAAUUAUUAUGCUUUAUAUUAUUAUGGACUUUGUGAUUUAAUAUUUAUUACCGAAAGUGUAAGCCAAUAGCAUUAUGUUCACAUUUUAUCAAAUGAUAUUUUUAAGUCAGUAACCGUUUGAAUUCCGAUGUAUUGUUUUAUGCAUGUAGAUCUCAACUCAUUCACCCCUGAAGACAGAUUUGAACUCUUCCUAUUCAGUUUCAGUGUCAGUGUCAGUUUCUUUUUUUCCGAGAGCCAUCCGGCUGGCUCAUAGGUUAAUUGACCAACAAUUACAUCAUGUGAUACAUGUACAACAGAUUGUUAUACAAAUUUAAAUUGAUUAAGUGGAGAGUAAGCUUACAAAGUACACAAGUAGUUUUCCAUAUCAGACAUUGAAUUCUCUAAGUUUUCUCGUAGCACAAUAUAAAUACUUUCCUAGAUUACAUAAUUCUUUUACAUUGUUAUUAUUAUUACUAUUCAAAGGUUGGAAUAGUUCAUUAUGAAAUUUCAGGGAUGAAUGAGUUAAAAGAUGAGUAUAACUUAGUACUGUAAAAUGUUCUCUCAUCAUAUGACCUUAUAGCUAUAGGUGUUAAACCCUAAACAAAACAAAGCAACGCUGCUGAAAUGAAAAACAAAAGCAGGGAAUAAGAUGUUUUGAGGAGUCCGAACAAAAUUCUUUUCUAUUGCGACAGUUAAUUUAUGUAUGAAGUGCCAAGGUAAACGUUAUCCACCAAAAUUCAUGAGACAAAAUUGUUUUAGUAUAUAAUUGUAUUUUGUACGAUUUUUUCGAAUUCACAAAAAAAGAUAAAGUUGUAAAUGUUUCUGAUGUUUCAUAAUUAAACUGUGAUUACUGAAACUUCAUAUUUAAUUUUAUAAUCAAAAUUCAUAAAAAUAACAUUUACGAAUAUGUAGUACUUAAUGUUGAGCCCUAUUCACAUGGCUGACAUGUUUGUCCACCCUAUGUAUACUAUAGUACAAGUGUAUGAUGACAUGUGGUUGUGUAUGUUGAUGAUAUGUCAAACUUGUAUUGUGGAAACUUCGCUUGAAGGACAUUUAGGUAUCCAGUAGGUAUAUAUAUAUAUUGUCAGUGUUUACUAGGUAUUGUGUUGUGAACUUUACUUGAUAAACAAAUCAGGUGUGGAUGUCAUCAAACUCUCCUAAUAGGACUAAUAAUUGAUUACAUAAUUUUAUAAUUAUAGGUAUUUGUACGAGGUGUAGUUUUGACAUGGAUGGUCAAUACCAUUACAACUUUACUAUUACAAGUAAUGUGAGGCAAUAAAUAUUACAUUCAGUUUUUAUUUUAAAAUUAAUUAUCAUCUGGAUGAUAAAUGAAUUUAACUGAUAGUAUAUAGGUGUUGUAUAAUGAACACUGAUAAAAGUGCUGCAUAUCAUGAUAUAUUACUGAAGCUUUCUUACCCUAGUUAGCCUGCGUCACUUAAUUUUGGAUGAGUGUGUACAUGAAAAAAAUGUGAAGUAUAAACGGUUAUGAUUAUUAAGGUACCGUAUACAUAUGCAGUACAUGUGUAAGGAUUGUGCUGGAAGAGAUUGUGUGACUAUGGACAUGAAACGUUUACCUUUAUGUAAUGAUUAUUGCAUUGAACAUAUAUCAAUGUACUUUGAAAUAAAACGAGCAUUUUACUUUAGUGUAGUCAGUGACAGUCGUUUUUCUCAAUACAACUUUUAAUUCAUUUACCCCUGACGACACAUUUGAACUCUUCCAAUUCAAAGGUUGGAAUAGUUCGUUAUGAAAUUUCAGGGAUUGAUGAGUAAAAUACAUGUUCAAUGCAUUAUCAUUCAUUAAAAGUGUGCAAAUAAAUGUUUAAUAGUAUUGUGAACUCAAUUACCACAAUUUUGGGACAAACCGAUUUUCGAUAUCGCCAUAACCUUGACAGGCAAAAUAUGUACUAGUCUUGAAAAUUUGCCUAUAAGUAAAGAAUGUAUUUAGUGAAAUUUACAUUGUGUGUGCAAAUAAUUUAUGUAUAUAUAUCUGUGUAUAUAAAACAUAUGUAUAUGUAGUUCACAUUUUUUGUGUGAUUUUAAUGUUAGAUUGAAUCAUUUUUAACUAAAUUAUUAAAAUGCAACAUUGUUUUAAAUGUUAUUUUGAAGUACAAGCUGUUCUCGUGUAUCACAGUGUACGUUCCCAGCAGUAUAUAUGUCCUAACAUAUAUUCUCUCUAUAAUUACCUCCCUUCCUCUAGAACAUUAUUUUGUCCUGUACACUACAAUGUAAAUCCAUAGUUCCAUCACUGUCCUUAUAUCAAACAAAAGGGUACCAUGAUGUUUCAUAAAUCAUAACAUUUGUUUUGUCCAUGACGUCAUACUUGACGAUAAUUGAGUUACGGUAUGAUGGCAAAUGUGAUAUGUGUUAUCAUUAUCAAAAAGAAUCAGCUGUUGAAAUCAGUUAUUUUCAACCUAAGUAUCGUUUGCGUUUUAAUCUUUCUGGAUUGUCAAAUAAUACAACAAAGUAAAGAAGCAACUAUUAAAAACUUUCGUAUUUCUAUGCCAAAGCCGAACAAAUUAAAUAUUGAUUGCACCUUUGACCAUUCUGUCCAUGUAAGGCCCAUCAGUGGUAAUUAAGGAUCCCUUUCCCACGGACUGGUUUUACCUAUAAUGAGCACGGUUGGACAGAUGCGUUCGACCAGGAACAAAAUGAAGCUCAUUCGGUUAGAGCGAUAGUAUAUCAAUCUGAAGUCCGGGGUUCGAAUCUCGGUCCAUCCCCGCUGUAGUUUUACAGAAAUGCCUGCGAAAACAGUUUACAAUACGUAGUUACAGUUUUUUGGCAGCGGUGCAGGGAUCGUUAAUGUUAAAAGGAUAUUCCAGGGGUUACGUCCACUUGUAAAUGCUCCCUGCAAAGAACGCAAGUGAGCGUAACCCCGGAGUAUGGAGGGUGGUCUAGUGAUCUAAAUCAUGUGUCGAAUAAAAUUAUUUUGAUUAGUACUUGUAUUAAAUUGUGUUUGGUAAAGCUACUUUUGACACGGAACUAUGGAAACCGAUCUACAUAUGUAUGAAUGUUGUUGUGUCUGAAUGGAGACGGAUUAUAAAAACAUUAUCAUUUCUGUCAGCAAAAAAUGUUUAUUGAAGUUGUGAGUUUUAAACCAAACAUAAAAAUAAUGAAAAUAGUGAUGGUUGUUCUGUCGGUAUGACUUACACAGAUCUAGAGUCGUGAGAACUUGAUCUCUACCAUCAUAGACUUGUCAAAUAAUAUCAACCUAGUACAUGUAUUUAUGUUAUACGAGGGCGGGGUGUGUGUUAGUUAUACACUGGGCAGGUCCACCCACCGUAAGACAUGUUUAUAUAAUUAUCGUUGUAAAUGCCAGUGUUUUUCAUGCCUAAAGGUAUCUCUUAUACAUGUCUGUAUCUCUUGUUGUGUUGACAACUUUCUUCAUGAUGAGAAAAAUUAUUCCAAAUAAAGAACAAAUUUUAUAGC